AUGUCCAGCGACGCUCCCAAUGACCCCGACAUCCUGGCCCAUGUCGAAAAGUACUGGGAGGACCGCAAGCCGAGCAGCCCCAUCUACCAAUUUCUGCUCGACGACAUCAAGCUGACUUACGCGGCCAAAGGUGUCGUGCGCGCACGGCUACCGUUGACUAAGAACCACGUCAACACCCAUGGCAGUAUACACGGCUCUGUCUCUGCAACCCUUGUAGACUGGGUGGGCGGCGUUGCAAUCGCUGCCUGGGACAACCGAUCCAAAACCGGUGUCUCCACCGACAUCCACAUUUCGUACCUGAGCGGAGCCAAGGAUGGCGACACGAUAGAGAUCGAGGGCAGAGCAGACAAAGUGGGCGGCACCCUUGCAUUUACCACGGCGACUAUAUCGAAAGUAGUCGAUGGAAAGCCGGGCCCGAUUGUUGCCAUGGGCUCGCAUACUAAAUUUAUCAAAGUCUAA